AUGUCGAGCUCCACGAAUGCUACGGCGGCGGCGCCCCUAGCGGCCGGAUCAGCGCAGAUGACAUCUCGGGACUACUACGCCGAUUCCUACGCUCACUUUGGUAUUCACGAAGAGAUGCUGAAAGAUACAGUCCGAACGGACUCGUAUCGAAAUGCGAUCAUGAACAAUCCUCAUCUCUUCAAGGGCAAGACAGUGCUGGACGUCGGAUGCGGGACGGGAAUUCUUUGCAUGUUUGCUGCCAAAGCUGGCGCGAAAAAGGUCGUGGGCGUGGAUAUGAGCGAAAUUAUUGAACAGGCCAAGGUCAUUGUGGACAAGAAUGGCUUCAGCGAUGGUGAGUUGCGCAUACAUCGUUGCGUGGUUUUGCAAUGUACCGUGCCUUUGUCGAGACCGUGUGCAUGCUCAUGCUCACCCUCAUGCUAUUCGCGCUUCCUUUCGUGCAUCGCAGUCAUCACCCUCGUCAAGGGCAAGUUGGAGGAGGUGGACUUGGGUUUGGGACCCAACGGAAAGGUGGACGUCAUCAUCUCCGAAUGGGUCAGUCUACCGCAUCUUCGAACAAGACCUGCCGAGUCGUCGCUGAUGAGAAAGCCCCACGCUGUGUCUUCCUGUCACCCAACCAGAUGGGGUACGCUUUAUUGUACGAGUCCAUGCUCGACACCGUACUGUUGGCAAGAGACAAGUACCUUGUGAGUCACAGCAUACACUUUCGAAUGUUGCAAUCGCUCAUUGCGCUCACUCACUCGGCAUCCUGAUCGCACUCCUUUCAAUUAUCCCUUUGAUGUGUUCAGGCCCCAGGCGGAAUCCUCAUGCCAGACAGCGCAACUCUCUUCCUCUCCGCCAUUGAGGACCAAGAAUACAAGGAGGAAAAAAUCGGUUUCUGGGAUGAUGUGUACGGCUUCGACUACAGUUGCAUCAAGGACAUUGCUCUCAAGGAGCCUCUAGUGGACACUGUGGAACUUAAGAGCGUUGUUUGCGACCCUGCAAAAGUGCUCCACUUGGACUUGUUGAAGUGCACAAAGGAGGACUUGGCUUUCAAGUCCAGCUUCCAGCUGACCGCUACCAGGAACGACUGUGAGUACAAGCGAACAAAUGUGCAGCAAGGAUAUUUGAAUGGCAAAUGGAGCCGCUCAAACGCGCUCUCAACAGUCCGCUGACCCGACGCUUCACUUGCUCUGCCGCAUGUAGACGUUCACGCUUUCCUCGCAUGGUUCGACAUUUCCUUUGACGCAUGUCACAAGCCAGUGCGCUUCAGCACGGGCCCUCACAGUCGGUACACGCACUGGAAGCAGACCGUCUUCUACAUUCCCGGCAUGCUCCUCGUCAGCGCGGGCGACAAGAUUCAAGGCAACUUUGCUUGCAAACCAAACGAGAAGAACAAUCGCGAUUUGGACAUUGAGAUCGAUUGGCAGCAUAGGGACGAGAGGUCUGGCAUGAAGUACAAGAUGUAAGUGCGACGUACCCGGAACCCUUGCCCACACUCGCUCCGCUGCAUGCGGCGAUGCGCCCACGUAAGACUGCUGACGACUCACACCACCACUAGGUCGUGA